GCUGUGUUUCGGUGCGUUUGGUGGGGCGGCCAUGUUGGAUGGGAGGUGUGUUAGUGGGUCAGCCUAGACGAGGGGGGCUGUGGCAUCGGGGAGAUAAAAUAAAAAGGGGCAGGAGUUUAAGAGGUUGCUGAAGGCCCCGUCCCCACCCCGUAGAGCAGGCGAGCCCUGGGCAGAGCAAGUUUCUGUAGGCUGCAGGGACGACUUGGAUUUAAUGCUCCUUUUCCUGCAGUGAAAAAAAGUCAUGCCAACUCUGUUGUGCCGCCGCCAAAGUAUUUUGGGGCAGGCAUGUGGGCAUGCAGCAAAAAGCAGGCGAGAGUCAGGUCACAGUUGCCAUGAGUUUUUAGAGAAGCACAUUUCCAUUAUAGGGGCGGUUUCCUAUCUACCCGUCACCUUUCUCUCUGGAAAAGGGGGCAGUUCCUUUUCACGUGAACGGUUUUAGUAUUCACACGAGUUGCAAUAAUCAUGCUCCAUGUAAUUUUUCGUAUUAUUAUUUAAUAUUUGGAACUCCAGCUUAUUUAUGUCCUUGCAGAAGCACAGGAAUGUCUAUACCUGCAGCAAGCCAUUAUAAAGCUAAAUAUAUUUUGUUGCUUUAAAAAGAAACACCAUGCAGGAAAAAUGUGCACCAUUAUAAAUCAUUAUCGAGACACAUAACCAAGCCCAGGGAUGGAAUAAAAUGAAUACAGUUAAAGAGACAAGAAAGUCCCCAGAGAAAAGUUCCAUGUAGUCGACACGAAGCUUUUUCUAGGAAAAUAAAUCUGUGAAUCUCCAUUGCAUGAGUUAUAUGUUGCCUAUUGACCCUGAAGAAAAGCUGGAACGGAAUUUGCAAGCAAAGAAAAGAACAAGUUUGGACUUAGGCUUGGGGGAUCUGGGCCUGGAAAUGCCUCAGCCUAGUGUGAGUGGAAUGGACCCUCCUUUUGGGGAUGCCUUUCGAAACCACAUGUUUUCAGAACAGACUCUGAUGAGCACAGAUCUGUUGGCUAACAGUUCUGAUCCAGAUUUCAUGUAUGAAGUGGACAGAGAAAUGGAUUACCAGCAGAGUUCCAGGGAUAACCUCCUUUCUGUAGAGGACUGUAAAGAUCUUGAGAACCUGGAGUCCUUUACAGACAUUCUGGAUACUGAAACCUCUUUCCCCGCAAAUUGGGAGCAGUGGGACACUUACUGUGAAGAUUUGACGAAGUACACCAAACUAACCAGCUGUGAUAUCUGGGGAACAAAAGAGGUGGACUAUUUGGGCCUUGAUGACUUUUCAAGCCCGUACCAGGAUGAAGAGGUGAUAAGUAAAACUCCAACUCUGGCUCAGCUCAACAGUGAGGACUCUCAGCCUGUCUCAGAUCCACUGUGCUACCCUGAAUUGCUGUUCAGUGUAAAGCAAACCCAGUUAACCUCUUUGCCAACGAAGAAGAUUGCAACCAGAGCAGCAGCCCCCGUUUGUUCAUCCAAGACGGGCCAGGCUGAGGCACCUUUAUCAGAAUCUGCCCUGAAAGGAGGCAAACCCAAUUCAAGCACACAAAUCAUGGUCAAGACCAACGCAUACAAUAAUGAGAAAGUGAACAUUCAUGUUGAAUGCAAAGAUUAUGUUAAAAAGGCAAAAGUAAAGAUAAAUCCAGUACCGCAGAGCAGGUCUUCCAUGAGCCAGGUGAACGCUGAUGCUGCAAAAGAAAACACCUGCUACUGUGGAGCUGUAGCAAAGAAACAAGAGCGGAAAGGGAAUGACUCCCUUCAGAGUCACAGUCCAGUGUUGCCUUUUAAAGAGACUCAGGCUCUGCUCCUCACUCCACCUCAAGAAACUCCAGGAAUAGUUGCUGAGGAGAACAGCCUCUCUGCCAGCACCUCUGUUUCAGAUCCUUCGCAGAAAAAGGAAGAACACAACUAUUCCCUCUUUGUCACGGACAGUUUGGGUGAGCAGGCCGGUGCCGGCAAAGCUGAUCCAGAGGAGGAGGAGGAGGAAGAAGAAGAGGAAGAGGUGGAGGAUGAAGAUCACGAUGAAGGUUUCGGAAGUGAGCAUGAACUCUCUGAAAACGAGGACGAGGAGGAAGAUUAUGAGGAUGACAAAGAUGAUGACAUCAGUGAUACUUUCUCUGAACCAGGGUAUGAGAAUGAUUCUGUGGAAGACUUGAAAGAAAUGACCGCAAUAUCUUGUCGAAAAAGAGGAAAGCGAAGAUACUUCUGGGAAUACAGUGAGCAACUAACACCAUCACAACAGGAGAGAAUGUUAAGGCCUUCAGAAUGGAAUCGAGAUACACUACCAAGUAACAUGUAUCAGAAGAAUGGAUUACAUCAUGGGAAAUAUGCUGUUAAGAAGUCACGGAGGACAGAUGUAGAAGAUCUGACACCUAACCCUAAAAAACUGCUACAGAUUGGGAAUGAAUUGAGAAAGCUGAAUAAAGUGAUCAGUGAUUUGACUCCAGUCAGCGAACUUCCUAUAACAGCUAGACCAAGGUCAAGAAAAGAAAAAAACAAGCUAGCUUCCAGAGCUUGCCGACUUAAAAAGAAAGCCCAGUAUGAAGCCAACAAGGUGAAACUGUGGGGUCUCAACACUGAAUAUGAUAACUUGCUGUUUGUGAUCAACUCUAUCAAACAAGAAAUUGUGAACAGAGUGCAGAGUCCCAAAGAUGACAGAGUAGCCAAUAUGGGUCAGAAGCUUGAUGUACUUAUUAAAGAUACUCUUGGGCCACCUGUAUCUGGGCAAACAUCAGAAUUUGUGAACCAAGUUUUAGAAAAAACAGCAGAAGGAGAUCCUACAGGAGGCCUUGUAGGGCUACGAAUACCAACAUCAAAAGUUUAGUAGACAUCACUUGAUCCAUUCACAUUGGUCAGAGCUCUGCCUGUGUCAUGUACUACAUUGUAAAAUUAUUUCUGGUCUGCAUGUGAAUUUAGCGUUCUAUAAAACACAGUUUUCAGUUCCAUCAUUUUUUUCCUUUUUAUAACAAUGUAGUAAGAUAAGUGAAAGCAUGGUAUAAAAUGCUUACUGGCAUUUUGGAGCAUAAAUCUUGUAGUUUUAAAUCUGCUUCUGUCAUAAAUGUGGUGACUACAUAUUCAUUUUUAAAUUAAGUUUACCUAGGACCAGAUAAUAUAACAUGCAGGAGCAAAACAUGUUUUUUGCAAGUAAAAAUCUUGCGAAAUGCCAAACGUUAUGGCAGGUUUAUGCUCCAAGAAAAAUAAAAACUUAGAAUUCAGAUUGAGAAGGUUUUUUUCAAGAAUAAUUGCUCUUUUGUUCUAAACUAAACAAUAAGUUUUCUUUGCAACCAUAACUUGUACAUAGCACACCUGGCAAAAACGCUAGUGUGCCAUAUAAAAAAAUAUAGUUUUCUGAGCUUGAUACGGUAUUUAAAUGUCUGUGCAAGUAAGAAAAUGUAUACUCUUUGUGCCUUGUAUUGAAGGGGA